UGUAACUGGAUUCCCGCUGUGCCCUUGGAGCCAUCUCUGCGAAGUUCUGCUUUAUUGAAAGUACAGUAGCUAGCAUUGCGAACCUUCCUCAGUAAGUCACUUCGUUCCGCCUCAGUCACCGCCCAGUCCGGGUUACGUGGCAGCGCUACCGUCAGCAGUACUUCGGCGGACAUAUUUCAUGCCGGGCGGCCUGCUGGACAACGUAAAGGGGCGUGAGUGAACGGUCAGUGCCACACUACCGGGCUCUGAUAUUGGCACCUACCGCACAGAGACCUGCACUCUGCAACAUUAACAACUCACUGCAGGGUAAGGUCAAAGUACCCUGUUUCAGAAAAUGAUGGAAGAGAGUGGCAUUGAGACAACUCCUCCUGGUACUCCUCCUCCUAGCACUUUAGGGACCUCUGGUGCAGCAGCUGCUACAGCCAUUGCUACUCCAAUGCCACCAGUUUUAUCCACUCCCUUGGCUGCUACACCUGCAUUUUCACCGCGUCCAUCUGUCCCACCUCUUACAUUCUCUACACCUCUACCACCAUCUUCAGUCCGACCCAUGGUACCUUCUGAGCCUCUGCCAUUUAUUUCACCUUCUCCUGUCACAGGGGUGCUUGGACUUCCUCUUCAUACCUCUGUACCUGCAGCCUUUAGCAGCCCACUUCCAGUAAUGUCCUCCCCUUCUAUUUUUCCAUCUACUCCUCCUCUCAGCUCUACCCCUGCUCCUGGCUUUUCUGCACCACCUAUUGGUCCUCCUGUCACGGGAUUUUCAAUGGCUUCAACUUACGACAUCACUAAAGGUCAUGCAGGCCGGGCUCCACAGACACCACUGAUGCCAACUUUUUCUGCACCCCCUGUCACAGUUAUGCCAAACCCUGUCACUCAACAAGCGGCUCCUUUAGCUGGGGGUGGAUCUUCCAUUACUUUCCCAGAGGAACCAGAAGACCCAAGAGUACAUGCUGCACACACAGAAGUACCUGCUGGAGGCAUCUGGGGUUUCAUUAAGGGAGUUGCUGGAAACCCGGUUGUGAAAUCUGUUUUGGAUAAGACUAAACAUUCAGUUGAAAGUAUGAUCACUACACUGGAUCCCGGAAUGACACCUUAUAUCCGUUCAGGAGGAGAGCUGGAUCUUGUGGUAACCUCUAACAAAGAGGUAAAGGUCGCUGCCAUUCGAGAUGCGUUCCAAGAGGUAUUUGGCAUGGCACUUGUCACAGGAGAAGAUGGCCAGUCUAACAUUGCUCCACAACCUGUUGGAUAUGCUGCUGGAUUAAAGGGGGCUCAGGAAAGAAUAGAUGGCUUGCGCAGGAGUGGCGUGAUCCAUGAGAAACAGCCUGCUGUAUCAGUAGAAAACUUCAUUGCAGAACUUUUGCCUGACCGGUGGUUUGACAUUGGCUGUGUAAUUUUGGAUGAUCCUAUACAUGGCAUACGCUUGGAGACCUUCACACAAGCUACUCCUUUGCCUCUGGAAUACGUACAGCAGGCUCAAAAUCUUACUCCACAAGACUACAGCCUUCGGUGGUCUGGUCUCUCGGUGACUGUUGGAGAGGUGCUGGAGAGAAAUUUGCCCCAUGUCAGCCGGACUGAUUGGCAUGUGGCAUUUACAGGCAUGUCCAGAAGACAGAUGAUCUACAGCGCAACCAAAGCCCUUGCUGGCAUGUACAAGCACCGCCUGCCACCGAGAGUCCUUUGAAAACACCCACCAGGACAUUAAAUAUUUUCACAUUUCAGUUUUCUAGCAUUGAAAGUAGACCAAACACUUAAGAAAAAAAGAACGUAGGUUGCUUGUUUUUUUUUUUUUUUAACAGAAAAGAAUGUUGGUAAAAAGAAAAUGAAUGUCUGCCAGAAAAAUAUCAGUCUUGUUGUACAAUCAAAGAAGAUCUGUUUAAUAUAGGUACAACACGUAAAAGCUCAGCUCUGCUUCACAUCAUAUAAUAAUGUGAGCUUGUAUUCUACAGUGACUUGGCAGGUCCUAUAAUAAGAUAUAUGCAGCAUACUCUACCUGUAUAUUUUUAGGUAGGUGUAUCAACAGUCAAUCAAGAGGGGAAAAUCUUUGGAAAUCCAAAAUGUAUACUUGUUGAUACUUUUUGUAUCCAUGUUACAGUGUGUUUUACCGGGUGUUUGUCCAUAAAUUUCAUAGCUGUAAGUCUUCAUACUAAAUAUAUACCUUCUUCUUGUGAUUGUAAGGAACCAAACCUUUUUCAAACUAGUGGCACUACUUCUGCUUCCAUAUGCCAAUUGCACUAUGGCAAAUGGUAACCCUGGUGUUAAAUGAUGCGUUGACUUGGCUUAAUGUAUUUCACAGCUCUCUUACAGUUCAUUCCAGUCUUGGGGGAUUGCUAUUGUACAGCUCAUGCUCAUGAUCUCAGGACUGGUGCUGCAUGUAUCCGAAUGUAUGAUUAUAUGAAGACACUACUUGCAUUGCUGCAGUAAACAGGAAGCCCGUGUGGAAUUACAUCUCCUGAGAAGCCAGAGAACAAGCAAAGUUCCAUAUUCAUUUUUUUUUUUUCCUUCUUUAGAUGAGAUGAGAUGCAAAAAAUUCAUUUGCAGACUUUAUGAAGUCACAGCAAGCCAUAUGGACCUAAGUCCCGAAUAUGAAUAGAAAACAACGGUUUGUAAACCUAGGUCUUUUUGUAAAAGACAUUCCGACCUUUUGACUUCCAGAGCAUCGUUACCUGGUACCUAAAGGGUUAAACAUUACCAGCACAAAUGUUGAGGUUUCACUUCACGUAUCUAUUCCGCCUACAGUUUUUAGUAUUUGUUCCUCCAAAUUUCAAAUCGUUAUAAGCUGAUUAAUUUAUUGUUAAUGGAAUGGCAUCUAUUAUGGCUCCCACCCUCUCUUUAACCAAAUUAAUGUCAUGUUUAUUGCUGUCUGUAUUUGCCACUAUAUUAUAUUUGUAGUUAGAUAACCUCUGUAUUUGUUAUAAUCUGUUUUAUAUAACACAAUCCUUUAACAGAUUGCAAAAAGUCCUAUAAUACUGGAAUAUACUGCACUAGGAAGCUAGGUAAAUGUAACACACUUUGCCUUAAAUGC